AAUAUGUCAUACAUUGUUAAACAGUUGUCAAGUAAAAUUAUACACAUAUCUAAUAAUAAUUAUUAUAAAUUAUUAUUCCAUCGUCACCAUGAGAAGUUUAAUACUUGCCACGAUUGUACUGUUCGCCGUUUAUCAGACAGUAGAUGCAGAUGGUCUAAUAGCCUGCCACCCAAACUUUUGCAACGAUAGUCACGGCAAAUGUACAGAAAACCUGGUUUGCAGUGAUUCUGAAAUUCUGGUUCCAAAGGGCAGUCUCUGCGGAUGUUGCGAUGACUGCUACAGAAAACUAAAUGAAGGCGAAGCUUGCAGGUCACGUUUUUUCGGAGGAGGUCCAUUCAGAGGAAAAUGUGUAGACGGAUUAGAAUGUAACGCUGAAGGAAAAUGCGCCAAAGUUUAUUAAUUAUACACGAACUAUUAUGUUGAUAAAUGAUAUAAAUGAUAAAAA